AUGGGAGUAGAUAUUGGUUUAUACGUUGGUGAAAUGACAGACCUCGUCGCCGCGUUCGUUCAAAGUGCAAAACAAACAAGCAAAAAAUGCAGAAAAGAGAAGAUUUUCGAUGCUUCGGAUAGGAUGUUAGAUUAUCAUUCUACCAAACUAAAGAUUUUGGUUGAUUUUUCACGGAUUUCUACUUGCUCAUCUAUGCCUCGACUUGCUGGGAGAUAG